GGGGAACCCUGCAACGCGCAUGGAAGCUGAAGACACGGAGUGAUAUCAUGUGUAGGUAGGCACUUGACUAACCAUGGCACCAAGAGUAUUCUUCACUUUGGUCCUUUUAGAGGUGGUGUACUGUGCAUCUGUAGUGACGUCCCAACAGUCCUUCUCUCAGGAUGAGUACGACCUCCGGAUGGUCAAGCUCGGACCAGGCAGCAACUACAGCCACAUUGUGAGACCCUCCAGGCAGGUCAAAACACAGAUACGAUUUAACCUACUCACCAUUAACGACCUGAAUACCAGAGGACAAACCAUGACGACGACCGGAUGGCUUACAAUUAAAUGGACAGAUCCACGUCUUCAGUGGACACCGGCAUCCCAUGGGAAUGUGACGUACUUGUUCGACACAGAGAAAGUGAUCUGGCGACCGGAAUUAGUCAUUGAUAAUGCAGUUAAUGCAAUCGGUGUCAUUGAGGACGAUGACCUCCUGAUCCGCGUCAAGCACACUGGCGAGGUGACGUGGGAACCGCCAGGGCUGUUCUCUACGUCCUGCGACAUUGACGUCACCUACUACCCCUUCGACCGCCAGGCCUGCACAAUAGAGCUCACUAGUUGGAGCUACAACAUUGACGAAGUUAAUCUCACACAGCUGUCAGCUGAGGUCUUCUCGGGCGAUUUCAGCGAAAAUGGAGAAUGGGAUCUAACGUCUACGUCAGUGACUUCCAAGACCCUGGUAGAGAUCGAGGGGACGUUCUCCCAGCUGGAUUUUACCCUCAGUCUACAGCGGCGUGUGACCUACUACAUCCUGAGUAUCAUCCUCCCCAUCGCCCUCACCUCCAUCCUCAGCGUCAUCACCUUCAUCCUUCCUUUCGAGUCGGGGGAGAAGGUGAGCUACGCCCUCACCGUGCUGCUGUCGUACGCUGUGCUGAUGCUGUUAGUGUCAGACAACAUUCCGCCAACGUCCAUCACCGUCUCCGUCCUAGGUAUAUAUCUGGCACUGAUCUUGUUUGUUGGAGCGAGCACGACCGUCAUCACCGUGAUCAAUAUAUACCUAUUUCACAAACUGUCUAAAACACCCGUCUCGAAAUCUGCAAGAGCCUUUGUCUCCACCGUCCUCGUGAACAUGGCCGGCUGGAAAAGACAGGAUCAACGCGUGCAAAAAGCGAGCUCAUCUUCAAAAGUGAAAAUCGUUCCAUACGAGGACACUGAAAUGAAUCAGAAUCCGAGCAAGCGCCAGGCCGAGGAGCCGGACCCCGAAAUGUUCUCGAAGGAACCACCAUUCUAUUCAUGGCGUGAAAUAGCUCUCAUGUCUGACAUCAUGUGGUUCCGAGUGUAUGCAAUGUUCGUAAUGAUCGUCACGAUUGUGUUCAUGAUCUGCCUGCCUGUGGGAGGCCACCUGAACUAUGUCUGAAUUGAAGGACAUGGUGAAAGGUCUGCGUCUUCGCUUGUCCGACCACUUGUCUUAAAAACAGAAUAGCAUUAUUUGGCAAUUCAUAUUGAUUUUUAUGUUACCGUACCGUUAUUAUUAUUAUUAUUAUUAUUAUUAUUAUUAUUAUUAUUAUUAUUUUAGUAUGUAUACUUUGCAAACCUCUAUCGCUUUUGAAAUAAAA